AAGGGGAGGGAAGGGUGUGGUGGUGGCGUAUUCUCUCACUCGCAGUUUGUUGUUGGUAUGGCUGCUUUGUUUUGGAUCUGCGCCUAGGGUUAUCUUGAAUUUUUGCCGGGUCAAAGAUAUGUGCGAGGGAGGGGGCCUGGGCGGAGAGCGAAAUAGGUCCUUUUUUGUUCGGAAUAAACGCGCCGACUAGUGAAGCACCGUAGUUCCGCUAUAUCUGUCAUCCUAUUUCGUUCGCGGACGCGAGGAGGCGGGGGGCCGUAUUUCCUCACAGUGUUAAUCGUUGUUUGCCACCGCGGCCUAGGGUAAUCUGGAAUUUGUGUUUUAGAGAUAUGUGCGCGGGCGGGGUGCGAAUGUUGUUGGUGUUGUCGGUGUUGUAGCUGAGAUAGGGUUAUUUCGUCAAAUAAACAUCUGGGAUUAGUGAGUGAGGUCCUCUCUCGCGCACCGUAGCUCUCCGUUUCUGUUACCCUACCGGGGAGAGUUUCGGGUCUGUGGAAAUAGAAGAGCAAUUUCUUUUCGCAAAUUGACUUCAAGUGAAGGAAUAGGCCUCGCGUAUCUCUUGUGGAAAAGGGAGGGAGGUGCUUUUUGAACGCACUUCGUUUUCAUUUUCGACACACGCGUUUCGGAAAUUAUUGUGGUUUCUGGAACUAAACUGGACAUCUGUGACGUUGGCAGCCGAGGGACAUAUAGUGGCUUCGCGCUGUUUAUGUGAGCAAAAAGAUAAACUUUGCGCGCGGGGGAUUGCCGAGGGUAUUAUUCGUCCCGAGGGAUUAGUUGCUUCGUGUACGGUUUACGGAGGGAAUUUUUUUGAAAUUCGAAGUGGACACCGGCCACCGACGGCGAACUGAGCGAGAGACAGACGCACAGAGCUUGCUCAUUGAGCUUUUCCUUCAAGAUUGAAGGACCUUCGUAAUUGUGCGUGAGGUAAUUGGGUGAGGGGAUUAUCUAGGCCUUUGGGCUUCGCACAAGAAGCAAGCAAAGCUGGAGAUGAAGUGGGAACGCGUUCAGGUGAAGGUCAAAGCGAAGGAAACACCGGAUGGGAAGAAGCCCGCUGUGCGCAGAGGAGGAGCGCACGGCCCCGGAAGGAAAUGGGGGCAUACAUGCAAUGCGGUAAAGAGUGGGCGUCUGCUCUACGUGUUCGGUGGCUAUGGACGGGACGACUGUCAAACAAACGAUGUUCAUGUUUUUGAUACAACUAAGCAGACAUGGAGCAAGCCCAUGGUGAAAGGAACUGCACCUACACCAAGAGACAGCCAUACUUGUACCACUGUCGGUAGCAAACUCUUCGUAUUUGGUGGUACAGAUGGGAACAGUCCACUGAAAGAUCUACACAUUCUUGACACAGUAACCAAUCAAUGGAGCACUCCAAUUACGAAGGGAGAUGGACCAGCAGCGCGAGAGGGUCACAGUGCCGCCCUCAUUGGAACGCGGCUCUUUGUUUUCGGAGGUUGUGGGAGGUCCCCUGAUGAUAUGGAAGAGACUUACUUCAAUGAUCUGUACAUUUUGGAAACCACAACUUUUCAGUGGACGAAAGCAGCCACUCUUGGAACAGCUCCAGCCCCUAGGGACAGUCACACAUGUUCCUCAUACAGAAAUACAUUUAUAGUUUUGGGCGGCGAAGAUUCAUCAAAUUCGUAUCUUUCUGAUAUAUAUGUUCUUGAUGCAGACACUUUAGUUUGGAAGGAGUUACGGACGACAGGUCAGAAGCUGAUUCCCCGAGCCGGGCACACAACUGUAGCGCUAGGAAAAUAUCUCUUCGUGUUUGGAGGUUUCACUGAUGAUCGCAAGCUGUUCGAUGACUUGCAUGUGUUGCACGUUGAAUCCGGUGUAUGGACCAAAGCCACCACAACUGGUGAAGGGCCGUCUCCACGAUUUUCUCUCGCAGGAGAUUGUGCAGACCCAGAGAAAGGCAUUCUUUUGUUCCUUGGAGGGUGCAACGAGAAUCUAGAAGCUCUCGAAGACAUGUAUUACCUAGACACAGAUAUGAAGGUGGAAGUAAGUCACGGUGAUCCUAAGCCUGAAAAGCUAUCUUUGAGAAAAGAACUGAAGAGAAAACAGCAGGAACAGUUCAUGACGCCAGAGAAAGGGAAAGAAGGGAUAGUUUUGGACGACUCCUUCAGAUCAACAUUGACGUCCACACCCACCGGAGCUAUGAGUAAGAUGGCAUUCCAGGACUUCAAACCUAUGAUCGAUAAGUCAUUUGAAGCGAAGGUUACCGACGUAUUUCACUACGGCUACAGUGUUGAGACGAAUAUCGACGGGAAGCAAUUGCGGGGGCUAUUGUUUUCCUACAAACCUGGCUAUUAUAGUGCUGUACAUAACCAUCUUACAAAGAAGAAGGUAAACGAAGAAGCGGAAGAGGCAAAAAUUAGGGAAGCUAGAAGAGCUGAGCGGAGACAGGCACGACAAGCAAAACUAAUGGUGAAACGAGCAGCUGAAGCGGUGGCUGCAGCUAAUGCGAUUGUUGCAGCUAAUCAAGGAGCCCCCGCAAUUUCAGGAGUAGUGCCAACGGUGGCGCCAGCUUCAGCGUUGCCAGCCACCGCAGUAGUAGCCUCGACACUGGCAAGUGCAGAAGCUGCUCAAACGAAUCCUACAACUCAAGGUGCUGUUCAGAUUGCCGAAGAACACGUCCAAACGGCUGUGCAACAAUAACUGGCAGAAAACGGCCUCAAUAUUCUCCAAUUUAAGAAGAUGGUGGGGGCAUGUAGAUUCUUAGACUGCUAUGGUUAACGAUGUCAGCUUUCUUGGGCUACUUAGAUGCAGGGCAAAGAGAGUCCAGUACAUGUACACUGGUAUUUUCGGAGGCUAAGUUUAGGACAUAAAAUCUCAUUUGUAAGAAAGGGUAGGUUAGUUGUAUCUUUGCUCCAGAACAGCUGUUGAUGGAUGGGUGCCCUGAGUAGGUAAUUCGUUCAAGUAGUAGUGAAGUGGUACCCUGAAGAUAGAUGGGGCACCCCCAAUUUUGUAUCAUAGCGACAAACACAUCAAACAUGUGAUUCUUGUUGUACAGAAAUGUUCAGCAAUGUUUAGUGACGAGUUGCAGUGAUCUCAGGAGCCGGUGUUGACU